GCCGCCGCCUGACGCUACAAGGUGGGGGGGGGGGGCGGUGGAAUUGCCCUUCCUCUUGUUCUUUAAUUUUAUUUUAUUUCAAAAUCCGCUGCCCACGCCUAUGUAUUAUCGAUAACAAUAACAACGGCGUGAAUGUUACAGUCGUCAAACAACAACAACACCAACAACCGCGCGUGAUUACCGUUCGGGCAAUGGGCGGCCGCCGCCGCCGCGCGCUGCAGGGCGGCCCUCGCCUCUCCGAGCGCCGCUGCCGCUGCCGCCGCCGCCCCUCGCUGCCCGGGCGAUGCCCGUGAAGCGGCCCGCCCGGCUGCGCGGUGACCGCGACCCCCGGGCUCCUCGUCCUCUCAUCCUCAUCCUCCUCCUCGAUCAGCCGCGCCUUUCUCUUCCUCGCCGGCAACGGCAGAAUAAGCAACGGCAGUAGUAAUAAUAAUAGCAGCGGUGGUGGCGGUGGUGGACUCGCGACCGAAGUAGACGAGACACCCACGUUCUCGUCGGAGAGACGCGCCGCUCGUGGAGGAUUCUCACCCUCGGCUUUCUCCUCUCGUCCUCUUCUUCAUCCCAAGCAGAGGCAGCAGAAGCAACAGCGCAAGCAUUAGCAGCAGGUGCGGUUGAGCCAGUAAAGCCAGCCCCAAAAUCCGGGCUCAUUCACGGGGAGGAAUAAGACUAUUUGUGCAUUCUCAUCCAUUGUCUUCUUUCACCGGCUCUAGCUCCAUCGUAUACAUCGGGAGCAGGAACGACGGUCGAUUGUCACGUAAACCGCGCCAGACUCGGCCUUCUUUACGGGGUGGCUCUCUGCACCUGGAGGAAUCGGGAGUGUUCGCCUGCGCAGAGUGGAGCUCCUUUUCGGUUCAUCUUUAUGCCCGUGGGCUUGCUCCAUCAACCACCGACAUCAGAAGCACCUGUAGCAGUAGAAGUACCAGUAACAGCAGCGGCAGUAGACCCUUAACACAUCUGGACCUGGGUUGCUUCACAGGGACCACGAUUCUUUGGAUUUCUCCUCUCCCGGCUCCGUCACUGGCAGCACCAACAAGAGCACACAAACAGCUUCACCACCACCAAUACCGUACUACCAGAAACCUGAGAAGAAGAAGAAUCGUCACUUUGAAACCCUUAAGCCCAAGCAGAUUUUUGCUCUUGCAGAGUUCCCACACGGGGACUCCAUCCCUUCUGGUUUCCAAAUAUCAACUGACUCGCUCACCACCAGUACCAGCAGCGGCAUCGGCAGCAGUGAACCCCCCUUCCUCUGAACCCUGGAGGUGAUCGUACGGAGCCACAGUGAGAGAGGGGACACAUCCCCACGUAUGCGUCUCUCGACAUUGCUUGUCUGUGUCACUCGCUUGCCAAGGAGCACGGAAGAGCGAGGUGGCUGCGGUGAACUCGGAGGGGGCGAGUUUGUGGGCUUGGACAUGGAGGCGAUAGUGCAGGAAGUGUACGGUGACCUGGUGGAGGAUGUGUGCCUGGGACUUUGUCUGGAGGCUCAUCGCUCCGUUAAGUGUGGCUUCUUCUUCAUCGACGAGAUGGACCCCGAGGGCAUGCAGGAGUUUGAAAUCGUGGACAAGGCGGGCGUGGACGUCUUUGGGCAGGUGUUCAACCAGUGCAAGAACCGCGACUGCGAGUGCCCCAACUGUGGGCGAACGAUUGCGGCCGCGCGAUUCGCGCCGCACCUGGAGAAGUGCCUGGGCAUGGGGCGCAACAGCAGCCGCCUGGCGAACCGCAGGCUUGCUAACAGCAACAGCAACAACAUGACUAAAUCAGAAAGCGACCCGGAGGAUAACGACGAUGUGAAUGACAACGACUGGUCCUACAGCUCCGAGAAGAAAGGUGCGUCAAGGACAGGUCCGCCCGCUGCAGCCAAGAAGAGAAAGGUGGAGAAGCCUCUGCUGUCGCUACAGAAUCCCAACUCGCCCAGAAGAGCCAAGCCCGUCAGGCACAAGAAUGGGGACCUUGGUGGCGCAACUUCAGAAUCUGUAAAGACAUGCCAGAUUCCCAGUUCCAGCAAUGCUGGUAGCACCAGUUCCAUAAAUUACGAGAGCCUGGGACCCCAGGAGCUCAAAUCCUUCCUGAGUACCCAAUGCGGUGUGGUGUCUGAACACACGAAGAAGAUGUGCACCAGGUCCCACCGCUGUCCGCAGCACACAGACGAUCAGCGCCGCUCCGUCCGGCUCUUCCUUCUCGGGCCGUCGGGGAGUGCGCUGAUGGAGCCAGAGGAUGUGGAUGUGGAUGGGUUUGACGUGGGGGACAGCACGUCGUAUGAUACCUCACCCUCCGACUCGGUCUCCUCCAAAGCGAGCACGAACGCAUCCGAGUCAAAAAAGAAGAAAAAGCCUCCCCCAGCGGGUUCUCUCUCCGGCUCCAGUGGCGCCGGCUCGAGCUCCGGCUCCAAUUCCAGCUCCAAGAAGAAGAAGAUUCGUCCGCCCACGCCUGGAUCGGCGCAGUGACGCCAGCGAUACCGGGGAUAACAACAACAAAAAACCCAUCAGCGAGGCAGUUUUCUGUGCACGGACCACCAACCCCACAUGCCGCACCCGCCACUCGAAACCCCCCCUUUCAAACGCGCCGUGCAUGUGAACCACCACUAAGACUCCAGGACAGCGCUGUUCAGCGAGAUGUUGCACCCCGUCUUGCGUUUGUUGAUCAAACUGUCUGAAGUUAAACUGGACUCGGUGCAGCGUGACACUCGGGGAAGAUUUUGGCUGUUACGGCCUGCGGUUAGAGCAAUGGGUGUCCGAGCCUGCCGCCUGAACGCCACGUAUAUGGCUUUCGUCUUCGCACUCCUGCCAUCCCACCCGCUCGUUUGUCUGCAUGCCCGCGCAUGUGCAGGUUGGCCUAAGUCAGUGCUCUGCAUGCAGCUGCGACACUGGGUGGAAAAGAAGCCGAGCGGCGACGUUUAGAAAAUUUCUGUGCACACUGGUGCAUGCUUGAGCAGGUCUAUGCAUUUGACAUGGUCUGUGGAGCCUAUGGAGACUUUGAAAUGCGGUGGCUUGAACUUCAACUUAGCAUGAGGACACAACAAACACCAGUGCCCCGAGUCAAAAAAACAAACCUGCACUUUGCUCACUGCUCAUUGGGUGCUACAUGGUGUGCUUUCACAUUACACUUGCCGUGCACAGCUGAUAACGGUAUCCAUUGCUGUGCAAGAACAGUGAUGAUAACAUGGUAAUGUAACUGGAAAGGCCAUUACCAUUCAUUGUAUGCAGUAUGUCUCUUGUGCACCGGAUUUAGCCGGACGCGAUAUAACUUUAUUCUGGUUAGAUCUGUGGUCUGUACUAUGAUUAUGCGAGUGCAAUAGUGGACCAGUGCGGUGCAUUGUGGUCCGUAUUGCAGACAGGACAGUGAAGAAGAGUGCUCAUGGGAGUACUUGUUUUUUUUUUGGCGUUUUUAGACACAGGUGAAAAUAAAAUCCAGAUUUUCCCAAGGGUAAAGAAAAAAAAUCUCAGCAUUGUAUGAUAGAUUCCAUGUUUCUCAGUACAGUAGAAUACUGCCGUCACUCAACUAAAUCUACAAUAAAUAGAAUUUGCAGCGGUAUUUUGGAAUCUAUUGUUUUGAUUAAUGUGUAGUAUGCAUUACUUACGUUUGCGUGUUCGAUAUUUGAGUAUUAACACUCGUUUAGUGUACAUGAGCUGUGUAGGUACUUGCGUUGAGUUGAUAUAUUUUAAGUGGUGCAUUGUAGCGUCCGGUGUAAUUGACUUUUUUCUGUUUGAAAUGUAAAAGUGUGGAGUUAAAAAAUAAUACGGUUGAGACGAUGGCGUAUAUUUCAUUGCAUUCACACUUGUGAUUUUGUUUUGUUAUUUGCAUAAGUAUGGUAACUCCGCAAGCUGCGCUUGUGCAGUGACGUGAUUGCCCCUGUAAGCUUGUGCAACUGGAGUGCGUGCGGUGUUAGUGCACACGUGGUGUCUGUGCACAUUUGGUAUAUUUACUGCAUACAUUGACAUGUCCAAAUAAACAUUCAAAGCGGUGUUCUCUGCUGCGAUUCC